GGAAAUGGGAAGUGGCGGUGAGGGCCUGUAGUCUGGGAAUUCUGGAAAAUGGCUUCUAUACGCGUAACUCUGAGAUUGGCCUUUGUUUGAUGACCGGGGAAAAUCGGUGGCUGUGAAACCGUUUUGCUUGUUACAACAAGCAACUUUGCGCGCCUCUAGUUAACACGUGCGCUCUCAGAGCCUACGGGCUUUGUUGAUCCGCUACGUUUUCUCGGUAAACAGCUCUAGAAGGAAAGCGUAUCAGCGGGAAAUUUUUAAAUAAUAUCAUGGAAAUAUAACGCACAUUUCGCAAAGAAAUCAUUCACAGGCUCGAUUGUAUUUAGUUUCUCGCCACCAGCUAUUUUCCCCGCUCGUUUACAUAAUUACUCGCUCACGCUAGCAAUGACCCAUAUCGUUUCCGCUCUAUGAACAGUUUCCUCAGUUUCGUUCAUUUCUACGAUAAAGAGAAAUCUCUGGAAAUAGAUUGGAAAUUUUCUGAUUGCGAUAACCCGACUGAGUUAAUUAUAGGAGAAAUCUAAUGGUGCGAUUGUCGAAGCUCUUCGCUAAUUUCCAUGCGAUUGGCGGCAAAAAUAGAAAAAGAGGCGCUAUAUACGCCUUCUUGUUCGCCAACACGUCAGUACGUGUCACACUACAUUCUCCUGACUGGCGUAAGCGGCACAAGUGGCUUUAUACAUACAUAUGUAUGCAAUGUAAAUAAGCAUGCACGUAAUGUAAGCGGCGCGCAAAAAUACCCGUAAUACUAAAUUAUCGGUACAAGCGGUAGCGAACUGUGUUGCCGAUAAAUCUGCACUUAUUUUAAUUAAUCCCGUUAAAGAACGUGAAAGUCUUGCCACAUUGCCAACACCGCGUACCCAGUCGAAGCGUCUUAGGUGCCGAUUGGAAUUUAAUUCAGACGAAAAUACAAAGUUAUUCGUCCGUGUAACCGUGUUCUGUUCCCUUUUUAACAGACAGUCCAAACAGAAUUUAUUAUCGACGUUGUAUCGCCGCUCCUAUUAUUCCUUCUUUCCUCCUACCUGUUAAAUUCGUAAGCGUUAUUAUAUCUUGCAUUUUAAUCUACGAUUUCGAACGGUUGUAUAAGUCUUGUAUAAGUCUAAGGUUGUACGAGUCUCUUUUAUUUUUUAAUGGGGAAACUGGUUACACGUGCUGGAAUCUCAUAAACGGAACGAGUUGAAUAAAUAGCGAUAGAAGGCACGAGUCCUCGAGCGAAGAUCCACGACUCGAGAUGUUCGUUAUUUUUGUUGCAAUUAUAAAGAUAAAUAUUCAUCAAGCAGCUUUCGUACACGUGCCGCCAUCUGGGGAAAUGCAAUAAACAUUCGCAGAUGGCGGUGCGGUGGCUUCUAGAAUUUGAAGCAGUUCGAAUUCACGGUUUCAUAGUCGGGAUAAAGCUUCUUGCGAAAAAAGCGCGAGUUAUUACGAAACAUUAACGAAGUGGUUUGCAAUUGUGACAAAUUGUUAAUCUAUAGAUAGAAGAAACACAUAAGUAACUUUGAAACAACGAAAAUUUCCAGGAAUAAUAUAUAGUUACAUUCUGUAAUUGAAAAUCAAAUACAUAUUUUUGUGAUCAACAUUCUAAAUCAAACAUAAAGUCGCGCAUUCAAGCAGAUGACGUGACGCUACUGUAGCGACCACGUGAAAGCUGUGUGUCGUUGUUUAUCGAAGAAAAAUGGGUCGGAAAAUCCCAGGAAAAAAGCACAGAGGCGUAAAAGAUCCUCUUAAGCAACAGGCAAAACGACUAGCAGAGUUAGAAACAAAGAUAAAUGCACCGCCAAAAAAUGCAGACGAACAAGCUAUACCGAAAACUUUAGAAAGAGUAGUGAAAUUGAAAGAGGCAGUGAAGUCAGGAAAGAUAACCAAAGUCAAGAAAAAGAAAAAGAAGAAAAAUGCCCUCAUAUCUGUUGGCAGUAGGUUGUGCUCUAAGCCUUUACAUCCAAAGGCUAGACCAGAUAAAGUUGUUCCUGUAUUUCAACAGAGACCUGGCGAAAGUGAGGAUAGAUUUUUGCGCAGAGUUAACAGGGAUACUUACGCCUUUAUUAAUGAAACUGCCUUUGAGAGGAAAUUCAGUGUUCAAGUCAAUCGAAAUCCAGAUACAGGAGAGAUAGAGGGGCUUUCGAAAUGUGAAAAAACUGAGAUAGAUGAAAUUGAGAUGUUGAGGGCAAAGCAUAAAAAUAUUAAAAAACAGAAGAAGAAGAAAGAUACUGAUGAACCUAAAAUGAGUAAGUCAGAGAAGAGGAGAGAAAAAUUGAAAUCUAAGAAACAAAAACAAAUGGAAGAAAAAUUAGAUGAAUUUGAUAGUUUUAAAGAUCAAGUUAAAUUUGGAGAAGUUGCUCAUGAACCACCUCAAUUAAAAGUCAGGCCAAAACAUGCUGACAAUACAAGUACCUUUAAGCCUGGAAAAAAGAAACUGCUUCUUCAUUCAAUACUUAAAAAGAGUGAGAAGACAAAAAUGGGGACUAAGAAAACAAUAGCCAUAGAUAGGUUAGGAAAACGUAAGAAUCUACCAAUUGGAGAAAGGAGACAAUUAGAAAAACAGCAAAGUGAUAUCAUAGCAGCAUACAGAAUGUUAAAAGCACAACGGUCAGCUGGUGUUAACAACUAGGGUAUGUAAAUGAUUAAAAAUUAUGAAAUGUUAUGUUUCUAUGUGUAGGUUCUUUAUAUCGAUGUAUAACUAGGAUGCUAUGAAUCAUUUUGUUGUAAUCGCGAAUUUGUUUAUUUUUAUUUUAAUAAAAUGUACAAUUCUUUCAUAA